AUGGCAGAUCCCAUGGACGUACUGAAACAAUUAGAUUCUGAAUAUAGCGAAUCAAAGAAUAAACUUAUAAUGCAAUAUUUAGCUGAUCAAGAAGUUGAAGCAGAACGAACAUUAGAUCAACGAAAAUCGCAAGAUGGCAAUGAUAAAACCAAAUUAAAGAAUAGAAUGCAAGUAAAUAAUGGACUCGAUGCUUCCCAUAAGACUAUAGAGUUACACGAGGAAAAUAUCAUUAAUAGUAAUAAAGAAAGUCCUCAUCUUCCGGAAUUGUCUCCGAAUAAAAUUAAUGGCAAGCGUAAAUCAAUAACAUCAAAUAACACACCUGUAAAUGGCCAUAACGGAAUUAACAACAGUAAAGAUGAGAAGAAUAUCUUGCGUCAAUCUAGUAGUUAUCAUGAUCUACAGCAGUCAGUAUUUUCCUAUGAUAAUGAGCAACUUGCUUACCAGUAUCAUCCAACAUCGUUGUCCUAUGAUCGGCGCUUAAGCACCGAUGGUGUUCAGCUAUCACUUCAUGAAAGUUUAAACCGGAAAAGAAGCAGUUUAAAUGGCCUCACUAGCAGUAUUAUUCAUAACGGAAAUCACAAUCCAGCGUUGGAUUACUUUCAACCAACAGGUUAUAGACAGCGUGAAAUUACUUCACCUACUGGCAGUAACCAUCAAAAUUCUUCAAUGCAAAAUCAAGGCAGCUUAGUCCGACGACCAUGUAGUGUGUAUCAUUUACCACCGAUUAAUCACGAUGAUAAUGCAAGUAAUAAUCAUCAAAAAACAGUUAAUUUACUGUAG